GUUGUUACCGGCAUUAUGCUUGAUGCUCUGACGAUGGCAUUGUCACAUUAUUUACAAAAUUAUGCCUGUCACACGAAACCACCACAGGAGGUUCUUGACUUGUAUUGAAAAAACGUAUGCAAUGAAACUGAAUACGAGCUCUAGAAUAAUUGAUAGCAAAAGUGUCUUGGACGCUUACAUCGAACGAACAGAGAUUGAAGAGCAAAGGACGAGACACAACUGAGAGAAAGAUGUUUAUGACGAUUACGCGUUACAUUGGUUAUAUAUAGCACUUGUCAUUUACUGUUGUAAACUGAUCCUAUUCAAUAGUUACCACAUACAGGCGAUUGGGCAAUCGUGCUUUCUGCGAACCUGUGCAAAACUUCCGCACAGAAUUAGUUAUUUCACUACUGAAAUGGGCGUUUCUAUGUCUUGGGCCUGUACGUUUGGAGUAACUAUCAUUUAUCUUGGUUUCGUCGGCCUAACGGAAGGUUCCUUGGUUGCGAAUGGCGUGAACGUUUGCUCAAGAUCCCAUAGUUUCAUACAGACGUACCAGCAAUCCUUUCAAAUGAGCUGGAAGAAAAAGUCAUCCACUGGCUGUGGAUGGUUUGGCUGGAAAAGAUGCACGGUGUACAGAACGUUAUAUGGGGUGUCUUAUAGAACACUUACUCGCCAAGCUUUUAAACCUGUAUAUUUCUGUUGUCUUGGUUGGAAACAGGAAGGGAAUGGUUGUCCAGUUGCCAUCUGUAAGGAUCCUUGUGUUAAUGGGACUUGCACUCAGCCGGACUCAUGUUCAUGUAAUGCAGGUUAUCAUGGACUACUUUGUGAUAGAGAGUGCCCUUCUCACAAGUGGGGUCCUCACUGCCGACAUGAAUGUAAGUGCAGGAAUGGAGCCAAAUGUGAUUCACACACAGGUCAGUGUGCCUGCACUCCUGGUUGGAAGGGUCAGCAGUGUGAGCAGUCAUGUGACCAAGGUUUCUAUGGUGAUAAAUGUCAGCAGAAAUGUGAUUGUUUGAAUGGUGGAACUUGUGAACCUGUCACAGGAGAUUGUACUUGUGCAGCAGGCUUCCAAGGUACAAGAUGUAAUCUUCAUUGCAAUGAAGGAUGGUAUGGAAAAAAUUGUGCACAAAAGUGCACCUGUCUCAAUGGAGGUAGAUGUGAUCACAUUACUGGCAAGUGUAACUGUACUGCUGGAUGGCAGGGUGAUUUGUGUGGUUCAAAAUGCCCAAAUGGUAAAUAUGGAUAUAAUUGUUCCCUAACGUGCAUUAACUGUUUGAAUGGUGCAGUCUGUGAUCAUGUGAAUGGAAGUUGUACUUGUGCUCCGGGAUAUCAAGGACAUAGAUGUGGAGAUAUGUGUCCUUCUGGAAGUUAUGGAAGUUUCUGUGCAGAAGAGUGUCGCUGUAAGAAUGGCACUUGCUCUCCUGUGGAUGGUUCAUGUAAUUGCACAGUGGGGUACACAGGGGUAUACUGUGACCAGCCAUGCUCUGCAGGCUCAGCGGGUCAGGACUGUAUCAAGCACUGUAACUGUACAAUACAUGGAACCUGUAAUCCAUUCACUGGGAUAUGUCAAUGUCAACCUGGUUUUCAAGGGGCACACUGUGAAAACGAGUGUAGUCCAGGAUUUUUUGGACCUCAGUGUAAAGGGAAAUGCCAAUGUCUUAACAAUGCAACUUGUGACAAAAAAGAUGGCACCUGUGAUUGUCUGCCAGGAUGGAUAGGUGUCCGCUGUGACAACCCAUGCCCAGCUGGUUACUAUGGCAAGAACUGUCAAUCAAAAUGUGGGUGUCAAAACGGAGGGUCAUGUGACUCAGUGGAUGGCAAGUGUACUUGUGUGAAUGAAUGGCAAGGGGAAAGUUGUGAUAUCUUGUGCGGAAACUGGACCUUUGGUGUCAAUUGUAAAAAUUCAUGUCUUUGCAAUCAAACACAAACUGAAAGAUGUCACAGGAUUAAUGGCAAGUGUUUAUGUAAGAAUGGGUUCACUGGCCUCUAUUGUAGUGAGCAGAUAAAGUGUAGUGUUGGAUAUUAUGGUAACAAAUGCGACAAGAAGUGCAACUGUAACCGUAAUGCUUCAUGUGAUAUCAUUACUGGCUCCUGUGAUUGUCCUGCGGGUUUCAUGCUGCCAAACUGCUAUAAAGAAUGUCCAUUAGGAAGCUUUGGAAUCAACUGUCGGGAAACUUGUAAAUGUCAGAAUGGUGCUUCAUGUAAUCCAGUGGAUGGUACCUGCGGCUGCAUGGCUGGUUGGCAGGGCACCUUUUGUGAGCAAGGCUGUCCUGAUGGAUGGUACGGUCCAGGGUGUAACAGCAGCUGUGACUGUUUACACGACUCGUCAUGUCAUCAUGUCACUGGAAAAUGUACCUGCAAUGCAGGAUGGAAGGGAGUCAAAUGUAACCAAUCAUGUGACAGUGGAUUUUAUGGACUUGGCUGCCAGUCAAUGUGCCAGUGCUAUGAAGGCAAUACUAUAUCAUGUGACCCUAUCGAUGGACGUUGCUUCUGUGAGCCUGGAUGGUCUGGGAAAGAGUGCACGCUAUUUUGUCCUAGAGGAAAGUUUGGUGCAAAUUGUUUACAAGACUGCAAGUGCGUGAAGGAGUCCACAGAGAAUUGUGAUCACGUGACUGGAGCAUGCACCUGUCUGGAGGGUUGGACAGGAGAUAUAUGUGAUAAAACUUGUUCGGCAGGUUACUAUGGUUACAAGUGCAAGAAAGAAUGUGAAUGCAGAAUGCCUAAUAUGGACAAAGAAUGUGAUUAUAGGAACGGAGAGUGUUAUUGUGAACCAGGAUUUACCAGUCAGUACUGCAAUCAAACCUGUCCUGAAGGUUACUACGGAUUUAAUUGCGAGGACAAAUGUCUUUGCGAGAAUAAUUCGACUUGCAAUAACGAAGUUGGUUAUUGUCACUGUUUGACGGGAUUUCAAGGAAAGUUCUGUGAAGAAGUUGUUCCCACGGAGAGCACUGUUGUCCCCAGUCCUGGUUUUAAAAACUCUUCCGGCUCUGGCCGGUCGACUGGCGAUGAUUCUCCCUCUGUUGUGACGCCUGUGGUUAUCGCUGUAGGGGUUGCCAUGGUAGCAAUUAUUCUUAUCAUCGUAUUGGUUUAUUUGAGAAGGAAGCACGUGUUGAUAUCCAGAACAGGAAAAGGUUUGUCCAUGAAGAAAUUAAUAAGAUCUCCCAAAAGUUCAAAAAACGUGGAUGGAGUUGACGACGAAGAGAAUCAGGCGGAAGAUCAUGUGUCAUUAAACCCCAUAUAUGGUCAUAUGUCGAACCCAGAUUCCAUUCCUUCGGAUGUGGUUCAAUCCUCAGAAGACAGAGCGAAAUCGAUGACAAUAAAAUCUGUCAAUAACCCCAACUAUGAAAGUACCUUAACGUUAACAGCAGAGUAUGACAAAAGAGCCAGUAAUCCAAUCUACCAGACAGCCACAGAACUUGAACGGGACAAUCCUUUAUACGAUACAAGUGCUGAUAUCAACCCGCUCUAUGAAGCAGGCCCGUCGGGAAGUGUCAACGGAGGGUCUGGGAGCUUGGCCGAUACGAACCCCCUGUACCAGUCCGCUAUCUCGUACCGCAGUCAGUGCGAUUUUAAUCCACUGUACGAGGGUUCAUCUGAUGUGAGCCCGCUGAGUGAAGUUGCAGUGUCAGCAGCCGAAAAAAAGCAUAGUAAAGCGCGCCGCCGAGCUGAUUCACGAACGAAAAAAGAGGAUAAAGUUCCAAUCAUGGACAACGCGUCAUCCUGUUGGCUAAAGGACGAAGAAGAUGGACUGGGAGUUAGUAACAGAGGUGUUGAUGUGACUUUUAACGAACUGUACGGUGGCGUCGAACAGAGUUCAUCCUCCCCCAUCGGAACUGAAGCCAACGUUCCACCUCUCCCCCCACGGCAACAUGCCAAGCGAUUGUGAUACGUGUGGUCGAUAGGCGAGAAUUGUUAUAAAGAUAAAUAGUAAAAUGUAGAGAAAUGCAGGGAAGUCAGAGGUACGAAGAUUUAAAGGACCUGUUGCACCUGAAGUGACUUUAAAACGUGUAAUUUUUUUCCAUGUUAUCCAUAUUUUAUCCAGUAAACAAGUAGUGAAAAUACUCAGUGUUAUCAUAACCUAACACCGAGUUCUCGUAACUAAUUUACGAGGAAAUGUUUAGCAGCUAAAAGGGAGAAUUUACAAUCAGAUUUUGGGAGUUAAGGGUUAAUUGUUAUUUUGUGUCACCCAAACGUUCCGCAUGACGUAUUUUUAUCAAAAGCGCUUCCUUUUCAUACAUCCGUUGGAAAUUUUAUUACAGAGCUGCCGCUAUACAAAUUUUAGAAUUUUAUGUUGAAAAUACAAAUGUUUGCUGAUCUCUUGUUACAGCAAGUCUAAUCAUAGUUAGUAGAGGGGACCAGUCUCCCUCCAUUAACUAUGGUCUAAUAGGCUGCAGGGACUUAUUUCUUUACAUCAAAAUAUCUUUACCGCUUUUCUCGAGAUACAAAUCAGACAAAAAUCUUAUGUUUGUCACUCAAACGGUUGAAUUUAUUUAAUAUCAGAAUUGAAAGGACUGAAAAUAUGUCUAAAAACAAAUUUAAACUUUUUAUUGAAAUAACAUUAAAGCAUUUUAUACCUUUUA